CAAAAAAAGGGCAAAACAGUAAAAUAAGAUAUGAAAUCACUCAGCCCAAACCCUUAGGUGAAAACGGCGUGGUUUUUAGAAGUUUGGGAAAGCGAAGAACGCGAGUCAUGAAAAUUGGUGAAUUGACUAUUACAACACCUGUCUCCUGACACCGUCGUCAGCGGCGGUUGAAACCUCGGGAGACCGCGAUCUCCCGACGGCGGUUACUCUCACCGUAACGUCAUCAAUCAGAUUAGUAAAUGUAUAUUGAAAGUAGAAGAAGAACAAGAAGAAGAAGAAUAUUUGUAUUGUAGAAUGAGUCAGCCAACAGUGAUACUUGCCACUGCCAGUUAUGAUCACACUAUUCGAUUUUGGGAGGCCAAGAGUGGUCGCUGCUACCGUACCAUACAAUAUCCUGAUUCGCAAGUAAACCGGCUGGAGAUAACUCCGGAUAAACGCUUCCUAGCUGCAGCCGGAAAUCCUCACAUACGGUUGUUUGAUGUUAAUUCAAAUAGCCCUCAGCCGGUAAUGAGCUAUGAUUCACAUACCAAUAAUGUAAUGGCAGUUGGAUUCCAGUGUGAUGGGAACUGGAUGUAUUCUGGUUCGGAGGAUGGCACGGUUAAGAUCUGGGAUUUGAGGGCACCUGGUUGUCAAAGGGAAUAUGAAAGUCGCGCAGCAGUUAACACUGUUGUGUUACACCCAAACCAGACUGAACUAAUAUCUGGUGAUCAAAAUGGCAAUAUUCGUGUGUGGGAUUUGACAGCAAACUCAUGCAGUUGUGAAUUGGUGCCAGAGGUGGAUACGGCUGUACGCUCUCUGACAGUAAUGUGGGAUGGCAGCUUGGUAGUAGCAGCAAAUAAUAACGGGACAUGUUAUGUGUGGCGCUUGUUGCGAGGGACUCAGACAAUGACAAACUUCGAGCCACUUCAUAAGCUGCAAGCACACGAUGGCUACAUCCUCAAAUGCCUUCUAUCACCCGAGUUUUGUGAACCCCACAGGUACUUGGCAACUGCAUCUUCUGAUCAUACUGUCAAGAUAUGGAAUGUUGAUGGUUUUACACUAGAGAAGACUUUGAUAGGGCAUCAACGUUGGGUGUGGGACUGUGUCUUCUCAGUGGAUGGUGCCUACCUUAUUACAGCCUCCUCUGAUUCAACUGCUAGGCUUUGGUCUAUGUCAACUGGUGAAGAUAUUAAGGUUUACCAAGGGCAUCAUAAAGCUACAAUUUGUUGUGCCUUGCAUGAUGGGGCUGAACCUGCAACUUCUUGACAUAGUGACGAGUUAUUUUUCUAUGUCCGAUACAUCUUGUUAUGUAAAUAUUAUUUAUUGUCUCGUUGUUCUAUGAAGUUUACUUUAGUUCUUUGAGGGUGUGCUCAUGUACUUGAUAACCCAUAGGGGAUGAAAGACGUUAACUUUAUAAUAUUUCUAAUGUUAUUUGUCGAUAAUUUCUCAA